AAACAUCCCAAAACCAAACCCUAACCCUAGUUCUAUAGCUUAUAAAACGGUCCUUAAACCCUGAGGACCUUCCGGCUGUGUUGCGCUCAUUUCCAUUCUCUCGGAUUCACAAGCCCUCAUAGAAAAAGUAAAAUGAAGGUGAUAGCUGCGUAUUUGCUGGCUGUUUUGGGAGGGAACAUCAGCCCUUCAGCUGAGAAUUUGAAAGACAUCCUUGGAUCCGUUGGAGCUGAAGUUGAUGAUGAUAAGAUUGAGCUGCUCCUGUCUGAGGUGAAGGGUAAAGACAUUACUGAGCUUAUUGCAUCUGGAAGAGAGAAAUUGGCAUCUGUCCCUUCUGGUGGUGGUGGUGCUGUUGCAGUUGCAGCAACAGGUGGUGGCGGCGGUGCUGCUGCUGCUUCUGCUGCAGCAGAGCCAAAGAAAGAGGAAAAGGUGGAAGAGAAAGAGGAAUCAGACGAUGAUAUGGGCUUCAGUCUGUUUGAUUGAGAAAUUAGGAUAUCAUGUUAUGUUUCAAGAUUACUCCAAUUCAGGGCUUGGUAGAAAUCACAAGUUCAUGUUUCUGCAGGCUGUUUUUUUUUUUUUUUUUUAAUGUUUGGUUCUCUUUUAAGAUGGGAAGUUAUGCAGAAAUCUUACAGAUUAACUUAGUAUUGUUCUUUCGAAUAUUGCACGUUGUUUUCUGGUCCUUGAGAUAUUGAUAUGAUCUACUAAUUCCCAGUGGUAUUUGGAGUUAGCUGUUCAUCUCCUGAGAGAUUUACAUUUUCUAUUCUCAGUUGACCAA